AAAAUAAUAUUUAAAUAAUUUCCAAUGAAAAAUACAGAUCUUCAAACACAAAAUUAAGUAAGUUGGCUUCUAAACUUGGUGGGGAAAUUUUCUACAAAAGACUUAUAAGGUUAAAAUUUAAAGGAGAUUGGAGAGGAUUAUGUGAAAAAAAUAUAAUAGAUUGCUUAGCUACAAUCAGGAUUUAUAUUUUCCUAUGAUAUUUAAAAGCAAGAGUUUUAAGAAAAGUUAUUUCACAUCUAUCCAAACAUACUAAUUUGUCAAUCAGAUAAAACUUAUACUCAUUUGAUUCUAAGCAAUUGCACUUUACAAAAAGAAUUAAUAUAAUAUAAAGAGGCUAAGACCUAUGGAUUUAUCAUUUCUAAUAAUUUCGGGAAUACUUAUUUGUUUUUUUCAUAAUUUAUUUAAUAUAGAAAUUGGUAUAAAUUGAUGAAAUAAUAUUGUAAAUUAAAUGAUUUUUUUGGUAAAUACAAAUUAACUGAUCGAAUGCUUCCAGGAGUCUAUCAAUGUUAUAAAAAGACUGUAUAAAUAUUGGUUUGAUUAUAGAGCAAUGUUUAAUUUACAGUACAAAUAUAUAAAAUGGAAGAUUUUGAUUAGUGUCCUGAAAUAGAAGAAAUCGUUCACAACGAAAUACAAAUGUUAAGAUCUGUUAAACAUUCAAAUCUAUUAUAAUUAAGGAGAGUUUACGAGGAUGAUUCCUACUUGUUCAUUUUGUUUGAGCAUUUUAAAGGUGAAUCUCUUUAUAGUUUAAUUUAAAAAAACCAAUUGCAUGAAGUCUAAAUUGCAUCAGUAUGUGCUUUUGUUUAUAAUAUAGAUUAUUUACUAGAUAUUAUAAACCUUAAAAUUUCUAGAUUAGCAUUAGUUCUAUCAUGGAAAUUUGAACCCUCUAAAUAUAAUAAUUAACACUAACAAUCAACUUUUAUAAAUAUUUCUCAUCAAUUUAUCUUUUAAAGUACUUGUUUUCGUGAUAUUCAUAGUAAUACAGAAUAAAUGACAAAUUAGAUUGGAUUUUGAAUAGAUAAGUGGAAGGAUUCGUAGCCCCAGAAUUUUAUUUGGGAUUUCCUCCCAAUAUUACAUCAGACCUGUAUAGCUUAGGAGUAUUAUUAUAUUUCAUGGCAUUCCCAAAAUAAUUACCUAAUGAAAAACACUUUGAAAUAUUUGAAAUCGAUAUGAACAAAAUAAAAAUAUUGCAUGAAAUUAAAACGCAACAAUAAUCUGUUGAGUAACUUUCAACCUUAGAUUAGCAAGCUGAGAAAAACAUAAGUCUAAGUGAAUUAGAUUUAUUAAUAAAAUUGCUAGAACAAAAUCCUAGUAUUAUAUCUAUACAUAAUAGGUAAGAGAAUUUCAAUAUUUGAUUGUAUGAUGCACCAUUGGUUUGUAAAUAUCAAGAGUAAAAUAAAAUAAUUGAAUGUUGUAAAAAAAAAAAAAGUAAUUCUUCCAUCUCUUAAAACUAUAAUUGAACUAAGAUCCUAAAGUGAACUAGAUCUGAAAGUGUAAUCUUAAUUAUCCAGUAAUAGAAGAUAGUCACGAUUGACAAUGAAUCAAGGAGAAGAUUUUGAUUUUGGUAAAAUGUGAAAAUAUUUAAGUUAGUUCCCGAUGAAGGACACCCUUUAUAGUAAAUGGCAGGAUUAGACUUUUGUUAAUUAUUAAGAAUCAGUACCUAGUCUAGGAAACUAUGAUUUGAG